CGUCUAUCUAAUGUCAUUUUUGACAGUUGUCAUUCUUUGGCCCAUUUCCGUUUCUUUCUACUGACAACAACGCAAGAUGAAAAUCGGUUUGUGUUCAUUCAGUGGGUACAAAAUCUACCCCGGUCAUGGCAAGACCAUGGUCAAAGUUGAUGGCAAGUCCUUCACUUUCUUGGACAAGAAAUGCGAACGUUCCUACUUGAUGAAGCGUAAUCCCCGUAAGGUUACCUGGACCGUCUUGUACCGUCGCAAGCACCGUAAGGGUAUUGAGGAAGAAGCCACCAAGAAGCGUACCCGCAGAACACAAAAGUUCCAACGCGCUAUUGUUGGUGCCUCCUUGGCCGAAAUCAUGGCUAAGCGUAACAUGAAACCCGAAGUACGUCGUGCCCAACGCGAACAAGCCAUCAAGGCCGCCAAGGAACAAAAACGUGCCACCAAGGCUGCCAAAAAGGCCGCUCAACCCGCCGCCCCUAAAGCUAAGGCUGCCCCCAAGCAAAAAGCCGCUAAGGUUCAACAAAAGGCUGCUCCCCGUGUAGGAGGCAAGCGGUAAACAGCUGUUUUUAUCCACACUAGUUGUUAGUCAUAGGUGGCUUUUAACCUGCCUCCCAAAUGGGUGGCAAGUAAAGUGUUUUUUUAAAAAUAAGUCAGUGUUUUUGUUAAACAUCCAAAUGCAGAAACCAACUCCCAAGAUACAAAUUGACGUGAAGUGAAGAGAAAAAAAAUAAAAUUUAAAGAAAAGCUAAAGCUUUACGAAUGCAACAUUCGUAUAGUGACAAAAAAGUU